AGCUAGCGAUCCCUUCAAAGUAGGACUUUAGAUGAGGAGUCUAAAAUGUUUUAGGGUCUAGUUGUCAGCUCUGGGGGUGAGGCUGCAAGAAAAGGCUUCUAUCAGACCUCGAGAUGUCUAAUUCAAGUGUCCCUUGCUCCUAGGUCCUCCAAUUUAUUUGUUCCCUUAGUUCUUAGAACUAUUGAUGAAGCAAACCCAGAAAAUGAGGCCUUGGACUUUUAAAGAUCUCCAAGCGAUGGGACCUAGGACGGAAGUCUUAGGGGAUUAAGUAAGUCCUCGAGAAUGGAGUCCUGGCCCUUUAAGGGUGUGUGUCAAGGGGCGGAGUCUAGGGCGGAAGUUGUAAGUCCGGGCCGAAGUCCGGCUGACGAAGGGCGGAAGUUGAGUUUGGGGCCCAAGCCGCAAUCAUGGCGCUGGAAGGGGAAAAUGUUAGAGAUUACAAUUUGACUGAGAAGCAGAAGGCGAUCAAGGCCAAGUAUCCUCCAGUCAAUCGGAAGUACGAGUAUUUGGAUCAUACAGCUGAUGUUCAGUUACACGCAUGGGGAGAUACCCUGGAGGAAGCAUUUGAGCAAUGUGCAAUGGCCAUGUUUGGUUAUAUGACAGAUACUGGGACAGUGGAGCCCCUCCAAGCAACAGAAGUAGAAACCCAAGGAGAUGACUUACAAUCUCUUCUGUUUCACUUUUUGAAUGAAUGGCUUUAUAAAUUCAGUGCUGAUGAAUUCUUCAUAGCCCGGGAAGUAAAAGUACUUAAUAUUGAUCAAAGAAAUUUCAAAUUACGGUCAAUUGGGUGGGGAGAAGAAUUCUCAUUGUCCAAGCACCCUCAGGGAACUGAAGUCAAGGCAAUAACAUAUUCAGCAAUGCAGGUCUAUAAUGAAGAGAAGCCAGAAGUUUUUGUGAUCAUUGACAUUUAAGACACACACAAAAAAGAACCUCCCUAUGAAGAACUGUUUUUUCUCUUCCUUUUGAGAAGAUACCAUGAUACCAUGAUAUAAAUUCUGCAGUAUCUUAAUAUAUGGAGAUUUGCAGAACAGAAAUUUUUAAAUUAAAAUGUGACUUACAGAAAUGGAAAA